AUGUCUCAAGGUCAAUGGGUUGCGAGGUCGGGAGGAAAGAAUGUUGAGGUGGCAAAGCCAAAGUUGAGGAUUACGGUUCCAAGGUUUGACAAUACGGAGCUCAUUGCGAGUUAUUCCAGGACUUUGAUUGGGAGGUGCAUGAACCCUCACAAACAAGAUAUGAAGAUCUUGUUGUUCAUGCUCCCACGAAUCUGGAAUGUAGAGGGACGGGUAGCUGGUGUUGAUCUCGGGCUUGGAAGAUUCCAGUUUGCCUUUGAUCUGGAGGAAGACAUCACGGAGGUGCUCAAGAUGGAACCGUUCCAUUUUGAUUAUUGGAUGAUCUCCUUGGUGAGAUGGAGGCCUGUGUUGGAGCCCAAUUACCCAUCAAAGAUCAUCUUCUGGGUCCGAGUUCUGGACAUCCCGCUGCAGUUUCGUGCGGCUGAAACUCUCCAAAGCGUGGGAGAGGCUAUUGGUGUGGUGCAGGGUCCAGUGGACCUCGUUGGAGGAAGAGAGUGCUCCAUGCUCACACACGAGCAGGCUCGAUGCCCCAGCCUGAAGAAGGAGGAACCUGUCAAUGUUACUGGGGGAGCGGGUGAAGAAGGACCAGGAGAUGGUGGAUCAAAUGUUACAAGUUUUAAGGCGGCGGUUGUUCAUGGUUCUAAACCACAAGGAGAUAGGAGAGAUAAAGGUAAAGGCAUUGCUCGUCAGAAGCAAGGGCCUUAUAGGAAGGAAGAUGCUUAUCACCCUUACAAGGAAAAGUUUUCAAGAGGUUAUGGUGAGGGGUCCUCUUUUAAUGGCAAACAUUCGGGUUACGGGAACAGGAAUAUGGGUCCACAACAGAGAAGUCAAGUUAUGAAUAAUGGUGAAGGUGAGACUCUCCACAAGAAUCCAACGAAGCUAAUGCUUGAUGCCUUUAAAGGGGCGAGACAGGGCUCAGAGAUGGGGGCUCCUCCAGUGGUAGCCACGAACGAGUUGGGUUCUGGCUCUAAAGCACGUAAGGCUCUGUUUACUGAGACUACGGAACCAGUUGCCUCGAUGGUGCUUCUGGAGCAGGUUGAGAAGGUUGUGGAGGAGGCAACGGUACUGAAGGAACCAGGGGAGAUUGAUGCGGAGGCAAAGGAAGUGGAUGAACAGAUGUUACACUCGCAGGCUCUGGAUGAGGCAAAUUUGAUGGUGGAAGGUGUGAUUCUGUCAGAUACGGAGUUAUUGCUGGAGGAUGGUGAGGAAUUAGAGGAUUGGGAACAAGGAGAAAUUAUGGAUUUCGCUGAGGAGGAGGAGGAGGCGACAGUUGAGAACCAAGAAGAGGUUAAACAAACUGAUCAGGUUCCUGGCCAGAUAGAAAUGGAAGAGCAGAUGGAGGGGAACGUGACUGAGGAUAAGGCAAUGAAGAAGAAAGGAAGCAAACCUGAAGCAUCUGCGCCAGGAGGACCGUCCAAGAAACGUGGAGUACCAGGAUUUGUCUCACCUCGCAAGAAGCUCUUGGCUCUGGCAGCAGCAAAGCAGGGAGAGAAAACAAAGAAGGCUCCCAUAAAGCCGAAGCAUACGGCUGCGUAA